AUGGCAAGGUACAAGGGCAGCAGAAAGCCACCAGGUCAGAAGAAGCCGCCCUUGACGCACUUUCUAUGUUUGCCACUCGUCACCCCGGACUCGAGACCUCACCUUGAGGAAUCCCUACGCUACUUUCGCGACGCUCAUGCUGCCGGACGAGAUGAUUCGCCGGAACUUGUCGUCCCUGGUAUGCACCCAAAGGCCAUCCGUGCCGUUGGUGCCUUGCAUUGUACGCUUGGGGUGAUGAGCCUCGACAAGCAAAAGCUCGAGCAAGCAAUCGAGACUCUGCAAGGUCUGGAUCGUGCGGUAUCCUCGCUUGAACGUCCAGUCUCCCCUCCACUCCUCAAUCGCUCAUCCGAGCCCCUAAAGAUCAACUUAACAGGUCUCGUGUCGAUGCACAACCCGCGUAAUACUUCUAUCCUCUACAGCGCGCCUGCAGACCUGUCGGAGCGCUUGUAUCCGUUCUGUCUCGAAGUCCAAAGGCAGUUCGCCGAUAGGGGCUUCCUCGUACCGGAUGACAGGCAACUGAAGCUUCACGCUACCAUCGUCAACACCAUCUACGCCAAGGGAAGGACAAAGCGGCCGCCGCCAAAGUGGAAGCAGAAGCUUAGGGAGGAGACUCCCGAGCCGGAAGCUGCCCCAACAACCUCUACGUCUGGCCACGGACCGUUCGCAAAUGCUCCGCUCAAGAUAGACGCUACUACCAUUCUGGAGCGGUUCAAGGAGUUUGUCUGGGCGGAGGGCGUGGUGCUCGACAGGAUUGCGAUAUGCGAGAUGGGCGCGAAGAAGAUUACGGAUGCGGCGGGUAAAUUGAUUGGGGAGGAGUAUUCUGAGGUUGCGAGCGUGAAAUUACCGACUUGA